AUGACCUGGCCGUACGUGCCACUGAAGAGCGCGCUCGGGUGGCCCUCGCGCGCGAGCUCCGCGCCGCGCACGCUCCCGAUCGACGCGACGCUCGCGCGGAGGUCCGCGUCGAGCAUGCGGUGGUGCGCGUCGAGCAUGCGGUGCGCGCGCGGGCUCACGCCUGCGGCGGCGGCGGGCGGCGGUGCGGCCAUGCCCGCGGCGGUCACCGCGCGCGCGAUGCGGUACUUGAGGCGGACGAGGCGGCCCGGGGAGAGCGGGGCGCCGCGCGCGGCGGGCCCGGCGCCGAGCGCGAGGAGGAGGCCUUCACCGGCGGCGUCGUCGUCGUUGUCGGACUCGUCGGAGGGGGACAUGGGGGGCUCGGUGAGCUCAUCGAUCUCGCUCAGCGGCUUCUUGCCCUUGAUGGGCGAGACAGAGGCGAGGGUCUCUUGCGACGACGAGGGGGAGGGCCCGGCGAGCGUCCACUCGGAGUCGGAGCCGGAGUCAGAGCCAGCCUUGCUGCGGGAGGCAGAGCGGCGGCGAAGGCGGGGGAUGGAGAUGUGGGGGCGACGGAAGCUGAAGGGGAGCGAGAGCGAACGGAGGAGCGGGCGGCGUGCAGCAGGCGGCUUGCUGUCGUGGUCCUUAUCGAGCGCGCUCGUGCUUGAGGCAGCCAGCGUAGUCUGGGAAGCCGCGGUGCGGGAGGACGCCUGCGAGAUUAGAGUUUCGGAGCGCCCCCUGGGCGGGUUCGGGAGGGGGCAGUUGCACCGGGACGGGGUGGGGGACGGACUGCUGCGCGAGCUGGCGGUCGACGACAUCGUCUGCGAGCGGGCGCGGGAUCCGCCGGCGUUGAAGGAAACGUUGGCGAACUCGACAACGUAA